UUCAGAAGUGUUUUUCCACGACACACCUAAAAUAUGUGAAUGAUGUUGUAUUGUACAGAGCGCUUCAAGAGACAACACGGCAAGCUGAGACGGAGUUGUGGGUGGCAACACAGACAAUAGGCGUUUCUGGUUCAUGCAAGUGUGAGAUUUAAAAAAGGUCUGAAUGAAGUUUGAGACAGAGAAACUUUCUUGGUGCUAGUGAUUUCGUUUCGUCUGUCUGUAUGCUUGCUACGUAUUCAUAGAUAUUCAGUAACACAUGCAGCGUCAGGACUCUGUUGAUUAUUGAGAGCACUCGGUGGAGAGAGAGAGAGGGGGCAUCCGCGACUCCGUGUCUUGGCACGGGUGUAAUCAUUAAUACAAAACGUUUUGCAACCGGAACCAUUUACUACAAACGAAAACGUUUCGCAUUAAAACGAGACUUUAUAUUGGACAAAUCCAGCUAGGUCUCUCCCCGUUUCGUUCCGUUUGCUUCCGUUUUGGUUCCUAGUUAACAAUACACAACAGGCAAUGCUCUGACGUCACAAGUGAGACUCUCAACUAAAGCAAGCCUAAACGAAUAUAUAUAUAGAUUAUGGUUCAAUCAGUGGAUAUACUUCCCGGGACAGAGAACUCUUUGUUUGGAGCCAAAAUCAUGAAAGCACAGGUGGCAGAGUAACCGCAGGACAUCGAGGCUGUUCUGGGGUCCUCCCUCCAGACUAUUUCUCUCUUUCAUCCUCCCUUUCCCUUCACUCUCUUAACUCCACCUGCACAUCAGUCCCUCCAUCCUUCCUGGUCUCUUAACUCCACCUGCACAUCAGUCCCUCCAUCCUUCCUGGUCUCUUAACUCCACCUGCACAUCAGUCCCUCCAUCCUUCCUGGUCUCUUAACUCCACCUGCACAUCAGUCCCUCCAUCCUUCCUGGUCUCUUAACUCCACCACUGCCAUCAUGCGACGGUACAGCUCCGAGGGGUCUCUACUCGAUAUGGAUUUCCUGCCACGGAGGAAAGUAUCCGCGAAGGGCCACAACUACCACAGCCGGGACGGGGAGUCAGGUACCUGCAACCCCGACCUGGAAGGUGACGAAUUGGAUGGGCGAACCACCUCUUUCCCCCCUACCCCUAUCAUCGUGGAGCCUGGAGCCAGCCACGGGAGGGGGGAGCUGAGCAGGGACCACAGCGUCAGUGUGGAGAACUUCACAGAACUGGGGAAGCUAGAGGGUAAGGGAUUUCUUGGAGUGGUGAACCUCAAUGAAGGAUGUAGGGCAUAUAGUGACGGGCAGUUGGCGCCGGGGACGACGGGCCGCAGCACAGAGAGCGUGGGCAGCGACAACCUGCCACCGCCCUCUCCCUCGCUCUCAACCUCUGGCUUCAGCCCCUUGUCCUUGAAGUCACAGCAACGGUCCCACACCAGAGCCAAGCUGUCAGCAGCCAAGCUACACCUGAAGAGCCUGUUUGGGCAGAGUCCCCAUUCAUCACAUUCCAACCUGUUUAACCCAGAACAGAAAGAACAGAGAGACAGUGAUAAAGAGCGGAGGUCUCGCCUCCCGUUGAUGCACCAGUGGAGUCAGGUGGGCCACAGCAACGCCAAGUUCAGUCGGGUAGAACUUGAUAAGUGGGCUGAAUCGCUGGACGACCUCCUGGCCAGUCGGAUGGGUGUGUCUGUGUUUGGAGCAUUCCUUCGCUCAGAGUUUAGUGAGGAGAAUCUGCAGUUCUAUCUGGCCUGUGAGCAGUACAGAAACUCGUCCAACAACUUCAGCCUGCACAGACGGGCCAAGGCGAUCACUGCCACCUAUAUUGAUGCGGGGGCACCACAAGAGGUGAACUUGGACAGUAAGACCAGAGACUUAACCACACAGCUCCUACAGGCCCCAUCACACACCUCCCUGUCCCACGCCCAGAAACGCAUCUACUCCCUCCUGGAUACAGACUGCUACCCUCGCUUCCUCCAGUCCGACAUCUACCUCACCCUGCUGGGCCAGGCUGACUAGAGACUAAGGGCUCCAUUCCAUCCGUAUCGUGGAAGUUCAGCACUAUAGCCUCGAUUGAAAGGUAUCGGCAAAUGUGCCUGCGUUUGCGGAGACUACAUUGACGUUAAACGCUGUAUAUGAUGGCUCAAUCUGAAAUGACCUUUUACAUUUCAAUCACGCUGUAGCGUUGCAUUACUGCAAUAAGAAUUGAAUGGAGACCUAAGGCUGCGUCCCUAUUCCUCCACUCUCCACCCUUCUCCUAAAGUGUACACUUGCACACUAUCUUACAUGGAUUUAACAAUGGUGGAAAGGAUACUCCAAUUCAGUGCUUUUGAAAUCUAUGAUGGGUGUGUGUAAGUGCUUACUGGGAAAGGGUGGAAAACAGAGACCUUAUCUGUCGUGGAAAUGGGAUUGGACAGUUGCAGGAGAUGCCAUUACAUAAUGUAGAGUUAAAGAGGUUUUGGGGUUUAGUCAUUCCAGUUAAUGAGCAGGGUUGUGUUCAUUUGGGCAUGGAACAGAAAAACUUUUAAAAAUGAGAGUUCCUUAUUGGACAAGUCCAGGUAGUCCCUUUCUGUUUUAGUGCCUAAUGAACAUAACCCAGGGGGUUCUGUUAGGUUCUGUUCUGCUUAGGGUGUGAAGGAGCUUGGGGAAAUGACAGCAGGGAAUGUCAUGGGGUUUGGAUUGAAGGAGCUUGCCAAUCCAUCAACAGAGGUUACGAGACAGGGACCUGUUUCUUCCAUGACUUAGUGAGUGCCGAUUAUCAUCGUUUGUAAUCAUUAAACAUCCUCUUUUUGUUGGCAUCAUUCAUAGCAGAGCAGCUAAGAAGCCGAUAGGUCGCCCACGGUCCAAUGAGCUCGUAUGGAAUUCUGACAGCGGAGACAAAGGAAAAAACAAGUAGAGCAAGAUGCCACACUAGUUAAAAAAGGACAACGCAUUUUAUGAAACCCAAAGCAGGCCACACUGGUAGAGGAGGGUGGAGGAGGGUGGCCCGUACAAGGAAGUAACCUAUUUAAAGAUUGCCUCCAGGAACUCUUUUUGCAAAAAAGGGAUUCCUUUUCAAAGAUGUCACCUUAUAAUCCCUCAGAUCAGAUGGAUGGUUUUAUGAACAUAUCAAGGCAGAUCAUUUGUCGCUUGAUAAUUCAAAAAAAUUGUAUUGCUUCCAAGUAAGCCAUCUCCCAUUACAAUAACACAAAAAUGAGAAGGCCCAUCAGGCCUCUGGCAAAACAAAGUCUGUGUUGGUUUGAUGCUGUUCUUAUGUGACUGCAGUGUGCUAAACAGCGUGUGAAAACCAAGAGAGAAACUCUUUCACUUCAUGCUCCCUUGUACAUAUUUUUUAAACAGUAAUCUGAAGAGAAUCCAACAGAUAAACAAAGAAUAUAAUCAUUUAUUUCGUGUGUAUAAUUUCUUUGUACCUAGUUUUGAAUGUGUUUUUUUGUCAAACUAUUUUUAAAAGAUAAAUAAAUGCACGUAGAUGUUGUGUACAUA